UGGUGACACACCGGUCGUAUUUAAAUCGAAUUAAAUAAAAUAUUCGCUCUUGGUUUUCUUUGUUCAUGACUUUUGUAGUUACCUAGAUUUUCUAUUGUUGUUAGGGUGUUGCUUUUGUGUUGUUUGGAUUGUCACUAUUUUUGGUGGACUCUUCUCCUCAAUUCUUGAUUUAGAUCAUUUUUAUACUAAAAAUAUUAGGAAAUAGUAUUUCAUCUCGUAUCUUGUACACAACCGUGAUAUGUAUCGAGACACAAAGACCUCCUCUUACAUUUUACGAGGCUUGUUACAGCCCCAUUUGCUAAAACAUAUACAUGUAUCAAAUACGUUUCAAUGAAUAGCACCGUUAUUAACACCUUCCACCAAGAAGCAUUUAUCACCCUUGGAAACAAGUUGGUUUUAACAUAAUUUAUUGAAUUCCCAAGCAUGGCCAGUUGGAUAAGCUCAGUCCCCACAUGCCUUUGCCUCUCUCUCUCUUCACACAUAUAUAUUCCUUAACAAGAGUUGAGCAAAUCACCUUCACCACCACAGUCCAUUACUGCUCUUCAGCCUCACCAAAUUCCCAUUUUUUUUGUCAGAAAAUGGCUUGCUGGUCUGCUGAAAAUGCCACCAAUGCCUAUCUCAGAACCAUGAAAAUGGGAGAGAGUGCUAAAGAGCCAAAUGCAGCAGAGUUCAUCUCAGCCAUGGCAGCAGGGAACAAUGCUCAGCUCAUGGUGGUUGCCUGCAGCGGAGCUGCAGACUCCACCGCCCUCGCCCUCCUUGCUGCAGCGCAGCAGACAGGAGGGCGCCUCGUCUGCAUUGUCCGAGGGCGGGACGAGCUCCUGGCCUCGACAGCCGCCCUCGGCCACAAUGCAGGCAGCAUUGAGUUCGAGGCAGGGGACGCCAAGGCACUCCUGCCCGGCUACUACAAGGACUCGGACUUCAUCGCCAUCGACUGCAACCUCGAGAGCCACGAGGAGAUCAUAGGGGCCGCUGUUCGAGAGGCACACGGGAACGCCAUCGUGCUCGGGUACAAUGCCUUCUGCAGGGAGACGUGGCGCAGCAGCCCCUCGCGCACGCAGCUGCUGCCCAUCGGGGAAGGGCUGCUGCUCACGAGAGUCGCAGCGCCCGCGAAGAGGGGUAAGAGUAACUGGAUUGUGAAGGUGGAUCAGUGCACCGGUGAAGAGCAUGUGUUCAGGGUCAGAUCCUCUGUGGGGAGAUCCAUCAGAGCUUGAAAUCUUGAUUUUUAUAAGAGAUUUUCUUGAUUAGGAUUGAUACGUGAAAAGUGUACAGAGUGGAUCACAAUUAGUAGAAGUAGAGAUGUAGUAUCAAUUUUGUUUUUGUUUUUGUACUCAAACAACUCACAAGUGUGGUAAUGUUACUCAAGAUUUGAGUUUCACAAUCCAAAAUCAUGUCUUUAGAGAUAAAAUUAAGAU